AGAAAAGGAUAAAUGAAGAAGGUAAUGUAACAAUGAUGUUCCCGUCCAAGGUGGCAUAGGUUGCUGGAGCAGGAUAACCCCAACCGGAACAACUCAAAAAGCAUAAACAGAAGAUGGGUGGUUCCGUUUUCGCUCACUUCCUCCUUCUCCCUUCCACUUCUUCGCCCUCUCUUUCCACUCUAUUCCCAUCUAAGCUCAAUGACUCUGUUCCGUUCACCCUUUUCUGCAACCAAUUCCCUUCCAAAGUCUCUACUUCCUCCCCUUCCCAAUUCUAUCCUCGUCCUUACUCAUGUUCUGUAAAAAAGGUAAAUGCCUUCGGAAUUCAGCAAAAAGCUUCCAUACGACAUGGAGACAAUCUUGAUGCAGUGAAGAGCGGGAUUUUGCUGCAGAAGUUUCAAAGGAAAAUGCCAACAGAAUUCCUUAGUACCCUUUUCAACAAACAAUUUACAAGAUUUUCAGUGAAUGACUUUACAACCAAACAUCUUGAAGAUGGUGCAAGAUCAUCUAAAUGGGUUUCAGCAUUCUUGUUUGGACAAACUUUAUCAGUGAUUUCUCCUGAUGUUUCUUAUGCAAGCAGCUCAAUGAAGAUAAAUGAGUUAUAUGAGGUUGGAGAAUUGUUUGAUUUAAGCAUCCAACUAAUAUACUUGGUAUUGCUACUGAGUUUGCUAGGGACUGGGACCUUUUUUGUGAUUCGCCAAGUUCUUGUCCGCAGAGAACUUGACCUAUCUGCCAAAGAGUUGCAGGAGCAAGUCAGAAGCGGUGAUGCCGGUGCAACUGAGCUUUUUGAACUUGGUGCAGUGAUGCUGCGAAGGAAAUUUUACCCUGCUGCAACCAAGUACUUGCUUCAAGCAAUUGAGAAAUGGGAUGGGGAUAAUCCUGAUCUUGCUCAGGUUUACAACGCUCUUGGUGUAAGCUAUGUCCGCGAUGGAAAAGUUGACAAGGGAAUUGCUCAGUUUGAGACAGCUGUGAAGCUUCAACCAGGCUAUGUCACUGCUUGGAACAAUCUUGGAGAUGCCUAUGACAGUAAAAAAGAUUACAAGUCUGCUUUGAAGGCAUUUGAAGAAGUCCUACUAUUUGAUCCUAACAACAAGGUUGCAAGGCCUAGGAGAGAUUCUUUGAAGGGACUUGUUGAAGCAGCCAAAGGAGUUACCGUCACAAAAUCAACUGAGAAGAAAUAAGUGCUAUUAUAUCAACUACUCCAUGAACAUGGCAUGGUUGAAUACAUAGUUUUCAAUAACUUGGUUCUGUUGCAAGGAAUUUUGGUUCUAUUGCUGUAGUUACUACAAACUAGCAAAUGUAGUUUAAAGUGCUCAAUUAUCUAAUGGUGCUGAUGGUGUUUUCACGUAUGAAAAA